AUGUCUGCCUCGGAGCCUUUGGCCUUCCCGUUGGUGAUGGGACUGGCUGUGCUGCUGCUGGUCGGAUAUCUGCUGAGGACCCUCUUCGUGUCGUUCAACCUUCCGGGCCCUGUGGGCGUGCUGCUCAGCGGCUGGCUCUGUGCGAAGCUGGGCCUGAUGCAGACCGAAAUCCUUGGAGGACGUGACCACUUCCAGGAGUGCGCCUUCUUCCUUGUCCUCCUCACAGCGGGCUUCGAGAUCAGCCACAACAUUCCACAAACCAAGGAGGUGAUCCUCGGAUUCGUCCCCUUCUUUUGCGAGUUUGUCCUGGCCUAA